AUGGAAGAUAUUGUUGCUUUAUUUGAGUCUCGAAUGAGUGUUUUUGAAAAGUCUCUUGUCCAAAGUCAGACUACUACUAAAAACACAAGCACUGGAAGUGACAUUUCUGCGCUAGCCGCUGAUUACACGGUUUUUAAGGACUUAAUGUGGAAAUCCUUAUCUAUGCUCCGUCAACAGCUCCAGUUGCUCACUGCUGGAUUUGAUAGGCAUGAAAUGCUGUCACGAAGAAAGGUCCUGCUCUUUCAUGGGCUUCCUGAAGAUUCUGAUGAGCAGACUGAGAGUAAAGUCCUUACUGUGAUUGCUGAGAAGAUGAAUUUAGCUGACUUUGAUACAUCGAGUAUUGACUUUUCCCAUCGCCUCGGGACAAAGAAAGACAGACCUAGACCAAUUUUAAGUUUACCAUCCCAUCAGACUAUUUUCUCCACAAAAGAUCUAAAGGAAAGAAAACCUAAAGGAAAGAGAAGAGAUAAAGGAGGAGAAGAGAUAAAGGAGGAGAAGAAAGAAAGAAAGAGAAGAAAAUCAGAGGAAAGAAUCAAAAAU